CUAUGGUUGUAGAUGAUGUGGAAAAAGAUAGUUUGCUCUUAUGUGAAAAGACGUUUUCAAAGAAAGGACUAUUACACUCCUGUAAAGAAGAAUGUCUGGAGAAAAACACUUCGCUCACGUUCACCCAGGAGAAUCUAGAGAAAACAACUUCACUCUCCUGUACUAAUCAGAACCCUGAGAACAGAAAAUCGGUCUUCUGUUUCCAGGAGUACCUGGAGAUAGGAAGUUUAUCCAGUACCCUGGAGAACAUGGAGAAAGGAGGUAUCCUCCAAAGCACUCAGGAGUGUCUGGAGAAAGGAAAUUUAUCCAGUACCCAGGAGUACCUUGAUAAAGGAAGUAAAGGAAGUAUCCUCCACUGUACCCAGAAGUACCUGGAGAAAGGAAGUAUCUUCCACUGUACCCAGGAUUGUCUGGAGAAAGGAAGUUUAUCCAGUACCCAGGAGUACCUUGAUAAAGGAAGUAUCCUCCACUGUACCCAGGAGUACCCGGAGAAAGGAAGUAUCCUCCACUGUACCCAGGAGUACCUGGAGAAAGGAAGUAUCCUACACUGUACCCAGGAUUGUCUACUCCCCUCAAUACCAGAGAAUCAAGAACUAAAGGAAACUAAAGCAGCGCUGUAUAAUAGAGAACAGGAGGAGGAGGACAGGAGAUUAAGAGAACUAGAAGAUGAAAAACAAAAACUUAAAUUAAAACAGGGAAUGCUUGAAAGUAUUUAUGUAUUUGUUGCGAUGGGACUCAUUAUUCUACUAGCAGUGCUCACAGUUGUUUUAAAGGUAACCCUGUUUCCUGAAAAGCUUGCGGGUGAUUUUACUCCACUUCCCCAACAUGUGCACAGCAUUAUCAAAUAUACAGGAAAUGGAUUUUUGCCUUGUAAGGGAUUUGUGCCUACCCCGGCCUGGUGUGAUUACAAGCCAUAUUCAGCCAAGUUGCAGCGACCCUACUGAUGUUAAGUAUGUUCUUGUGAAUGUAUAUAUUUAUAUUGUAUCUACAUAAUUAUUUAUUUCUAUCAAAUACAUCUAAUACAAAAACUGUAUAAAACUCAGUAUUCAAAGUUUUAUGAGUUGAAAUGAUUCAGAAGUACAGGGUGUCCUGAUAAUAAUGGGAAAUUCGUUUUGAAUCUAGAAAAUAAAAAAAGACAGUGAAAAUUAGAUUUUUAAAAUUUGGGCCACCCUCUUUUUUAUCUUUAAAAACUAAGAAGUUAUAAAAAGUGUUUUAUUGAAUAAAAGUUAAAAUUGUGCAAUCUUAUUAAUAUCUCGAUCAGUUUUAAAGGUACAAAAAGGCGAAUCAUGCAUGUAGGAAAGGCACUAACUACACUUGCCACAAAAUCUUAUUAUUGAAUCCCUAUAUUUUUUUAUAACAAGGAUGCAGCCAUUGAUAUUUUAAACUUUGG